AUGGGCGCGCCCGCAGGCUACCGGGUCCUGCACGUGUCGGAGGCGGAGCUGUUGGCGGCCAUCCAGGAGAAGUGCCAGAUGAUGAUGGCCUACCAGAACGCUGCUAUCCAGGCUUCGUCGGCCUCCCAGGAGCCGCUCCAGCAGGUGCUCCAGCCGCCCGUCCUCGCCGCCCCGGCCGACGGGACCGCCGACGCGCCCGCGCCAGCGGCACAGGACUGGCAGAAUGACGACUUCGCCGUCGCCGACGAUGGCGGCGGCGACCUCGUGUUUAUGCUCGAUUGCCUCGUGGAAGAGCUGAGCAGAGCCAGUUUGUCAGUCAACGCUCGGGAGACGAAGAUUAUGACAACACAUGUCAAUGUUGCAGCAGACGUGGUCCCGCUCUUCCUCGAUGCCGGCGGCAGGAUGGUGGAGGUUGUCAAGCACGCGGGCACGCAUAAAUACUUUGGCCGGCUGCUGAGCGGCGAUUUGAGGAUGCGCGGCAAGUGCAAUUUGGAGCACCGCAUGAAGUGCGCUUGGCUGGAGGACAAUCAGUUUGCAGAUGCCAUGCAGAAUCGCAAUAUUCCGAUCACAUUGCGCCUGCGUCUGUUCGACUCCCUAGAGACGCCGUCUGUCCUCCACAGUCUGACCACAUCGCCACUCACCCAGAAAGACCUCGACAAGCUGGACGCGCUACAAAUGAAACUGUUGAGGCGUAUAGUUGGGUGGGUGCUUUUGGAGGAAGCAUGGCAGCUUACUGGCCAUCGCAUAAAGCGCUGGCUGGAGGCGGCUCUGGCGCGACAUCCAGUCACAGAGUGGAGCAACAGGCGCAACCGCCAGAGAGCUGACCGCUUCAGAGGUGGACCGAUUGAAUCUGUGCCUGUCAGCGCGGAGUUCUUCGUGAAGGACCUCGCGAGCCCCGUGCCGCGGCACGGGGCCUCUGGCCUCUACCGGUCAGAGCAGGACGCCCCGUGCGAGCAGGACGCCGCCGCCGCGGCGGCCCGCGUCCCGCCCGAGGGCAGCCCGCCGGCCGCGCCCGCGCCGCCCGCGCCGGCCCCGCCCGCGCCGGCGGCGCUGGCCGACGCGCCGCCCGCCACGGCGGCCCACGCGCCGCCUGAGGGCAACGGCCCGCCCGCGGGCGCCGCCGAAGCGGCGGCUGUUCUGCCGGCCUGGUGCGCGCCCGCGGCAGGGGCCUGCGCGCCGCCGCCCGAGGGCGCCGGGCAGCCGGGGCCCGCGGAGGCGGUGGCGCUGGCGUCCGCGGCCACCGCCCAGGUGCUGCCAGCGCCCACGGAGGCGCCAGCCCAGACCGCGUUCGCCCUGGCGAACCCGAGCAAGCAGCGCGGCGACAGGGGUCCCUCCUACAGGUACACGACCUCGGGCGACCCCUUCUACCCUGCAGAGUGCGGCGGAACGGUGUACGACUCCUUCAACCUCAGGAUCGUGUUCGAGCGAGACCGCACCGGCUUUGAGGAAUGCAAGGAGUUUCCCAUCUACAUCAACAGCAUCAUCGCUGCCCGGUACCAGGUGAUCAGCUAUCUGGGAUCUGCUGCUUUCUCGCGGGCCAUCCAGUGUUUCGACCUGCACACGCAAGAGAUGGUGUGCAUGAAGAUCAUCAAGAACGAGAAGGACUUUGUCGACCAGUCUCUGGACGAGAUCAAGUUGCUGAAGCUGAUCGGAGCCAACACCGAGAACGUCGACGACAAGAACGUCUUGCGGAUGGUCGACUGCUUCUACCACAAGGAGCACCUCAUAAUCGUGACGGAGCUCCUGAGAGACAACCUGUACGAGUUUUCCAGAUUCAACCGGCAGCAUGGCGACGAGCCAUACUUCACGCUCGGCAGGCUACAGCGCAUCAUGAAGCAGCUACUCGUUGCCCUCGAGUACAUCCACAGCCUUUGGCUGAUUCGCAGCACCUCAAACCUGAGAACAUCCUUAUCAAGUCCUACUCUCGGUGCGAGGUGA